UAGGCCCCUUGACCUCCAGCACAUGGCAGAAGAGGCCCUUUGGGUUAAAGAGGUAAAUACGGCUCGCGUCGACGGACGUAUUUGCCGCUGGGCUUCCGGUUUCCAUCCUGAAAAACUCCCAUGUCGGCUGAACGGGGGGUUUCAGAAUGGCUCAUACAAUGUAGGCCAGCAAGUUGUUUUUGAUGAUGGAGUGACUUGGUUUCUCCGGCUCCCUCGUGCUAGCAGUGUUUCUCCUGAAUACGGAGAUGAAAAGGUAGCAAUGGAGGUCGAGGCUCUUCCUCUCAUACGAGAGAAGAUAUCGAUACCCGUCCCCGAAAUUUACGCCUGGGGUCUCGCAGAGGAGAAUGAACUUGGACUAGGUCCAUUUAUACUGAUGGAAUUCAUCAACGGCAUUUGUCUUAAUGAUGUGUUUGGUGGAGGCGAUUCGAGGCUUCUUAAGGAAGAAGUUCUAGAUGCCGACAUUAAAUAUGUUUACAGACAAAUGGCAAGCUUUAUGUUGCAGCUUUUCAAAAUUGAUUUCAACCAUAUGGGAAACCUGCCGACCCCGAAAACAAAAUUCCCUGCCCCUAGUCGGCCACUCACGUGGAAAGGGCAUGAGAUUCUAAGGCUAGGGGGUGUCAAGACGCUUGAUGAUUGGAUUCACGGCAUCUCAUCGACCAGGCAAUACUUUGAGUACGUCAACAGCCAAGACUGGCAACAGCUGUUACUCCAGCCAAAUUCUAUAGCAGGGCCGCGGAGUGCAAGAUCCAGAUAUGCAGCGUUGACGAUCUUGAGGUCGUUGAUUCCCGAAUUGACCAAUACAACCUAUGAACGCGGGCCCUUUAAGCUUAUAUGUGAUGACUUUGGCCUGGCAAAUGUCAUCGUGCGAAGUAAGGAUGACCUUACAAUCACCGGGCUUGUAGACAUCGAGUGGGUUUAUGCCGGACCAGCUCAAUUAUUUGGGUCUGCUCCCUGGUGGCUGCUCCUUGAUCGCCCUGUCAAUGACGAGUGGGACUUUGAAGAGGGCGAGGCCCCAAGGGUUACUGAUCGCUACUUCAAAUGUCUCGAGAUCUUCGUUCGUGUACUAGAGGAGGAGGAGUCAAAGAUGAUGGGAAAUGGCCGGAACGAACUCACCGAAUUAAUCAAAUUGUCUAGAGAUACGGGCGCCAUGUGGUUUCAUAUGCUUCUAUCCAGCGGCUUUUUUGACUCGAUUACCUUCCCAUGUAUGCAACUGCGAAAACACAAGGGUGCGCAGUGGUGGGACGAGCGCAUGAACAGCUAUGGAGAUACAGAGGAGGUCGAAAAAUUUGUAGCUGACAAGCUGAAAGAUCUCUCAGCUUACGAUGAGGUCAUGGAAAAGGUCGACCAUUACAAGGUCCUCAUGGACAACGGGGAAAUGACAGCAAGGGAUUUCAUUUCCGCCGUGGCCUCCAUUCUCGGCUCUGCUUGAUUACAGUCCAAGUUGGGAAAGCUAUUCUAGGACUUUGGCUGUCCAAAAGGACGGAGGAUGCAGCCUGUAUGUUCAACGAUUAUCCCUCAUCACCCAACUAUUACUUGCUUUGGCCUCGACCCUCUUCUCCGUUAGCUCUGCUGCGCUUCUGCCUCAAACAGCAUGACGACUCUUUAAACUCAGGCUGGGUAGCCCAUGGGCGGGCUCAGACGUCGAAAGCCCAGCCUAACUAGCCGACAACUUGCCUUGUUGCCUCGGGCCGUAAUGAGUUUAACUAAUUGGGUAAUUCUGUUAUAUGCUGAAGGUGCAUGUUUCUGUCGUAACCAAAGUACGAAUCAUGGCCCGGAUACAGACGAGGCCAGUUAAUAAUAUAGUUUGCAAGCAAUCACUAGAAAGGCUAGUCUAAAUAGUGUCAUCUACAAAGCCAAAGAAACAUCGAACCCCAGAUCGGGUACGCC